AUGCCACGAGAGCUAGCGUUAGAUUCCAGAGACGAAAUUACCUCCCCUUUCAGCUCCGCGCCUUUGACAGAUACCACGAGAAAGCCAUUAAGCCCAAAGAAGACAUCCAGCGGUGGCGGCGACGCUAGACUUCUUGUAUCAUCGCUUCGAAGCAAGCGCGAAGACUUGAUUAAGAGAUUCGAAAAGGCAAACUUGACUAACCACAAGGUCGCACCAACAUCGUUAAAUGAAGAUGCCGAAAACUACUCGGCGGUGAAGAAGAGAUCAUCCUUGGAUUCUGCAAUAGCAGCAGCACCGUCGCUACCUUCCACAAAGCCUGCAGAUAACACAAGGCGUCAGUCCUGGUGUACCCCCAAACAGUCUUUUACAAAAGAAAACAGCAAGUCCUUCGACAGGCAAAGCUCAAUAACCGAACAAAGCCUGAAGCCUGUUUCGGAAGCAUUGGCUACCUUCGAGAAGAAGAAUGGUAAGUCAACCCCACGGCCGCCGCCUGGCAAGGAUACAUCCUGGAUCCGGACACCAGAGAACAGAGAUUCUUUGAAUGCAAAAUCUGAAGCUUCUCGACCGUGUCCUACUGUAGAGACCAGUCAAAGGUCUUCUCUUCGUAAACCCCAAGCCAGUGAAAUUGUCGCAACGCCGGAUAGGACAUCGAAGAAACUGGUGGGAAGCAAUGCUGCGUGGAUGAAGCAACAGGGCUCUGACAAGAAGAGCAAGGGAAGCGACCAGAAGGAACAAACGACUGUUCCCGCCAGGAAGUCAUUGGAUGCAGCUUGGAUCAGGAAUGGUACAGGUAAAACACUUGUAUUACCGAAACAAGGUGGAGCACGUAGCAUGUCCUGGAUCAAACAACAAAACGCAGCCACCACCCCUAUCAAGAAGACACCAAACGCUGAUCGCGUGAAGACGAAGGAGACUACAGAAUCCGUUGACAGCGGCAACAGGACUGAGAGCAGCAACAGCGAUGAAUCAUCUCCUCUUCAUACACCUGCUGAGCGAGCAUUUCCAUCGACUGAGAAGAUAGAUUCCUAUCAGAGAAUGUCAACCACGGGCAGAUGUGUUGUCUCCCCGCAGUCAAACACCGGGUUCGCAACAUCCUUGUCACCGACAAAGGAUGUAGGAGGGAAGCGAAAGCUUCAGCCUGAACUAGCAUGGGCAGCAAAAAAGAAACCCGAGGGCUCCCCCAACCUAGUUCCUAUCUAUCGAGGUUCUUUCUCGGCAGUGCCGUCUCAGGCCUUCUACCACGAGAAAGGAAAGUCAGCAACCCUUGCUGCAUCGUGGGUCAGGCCGGGCAAUAGAUCGAAGGCCACAAGCAAACCAGAUAAAGAAACCAAUUGCGGAGAGAACGAGGAAUCGCCAGACAAGCCGUCUUGGAGUAGUAAGAACAAUCUGACGUUGACAGACGACGUCGACAAUAACAACCACAGUGAUGAGAUCGAGAGCGAAUUGAUCAGUUCACUCAAGCGAAAGUGCGUUGAGGAUCCAACAAGGCUGAAGAAAUGGGGCUUUGGACAACAGAGAAGUCAAAUCAGAGAUAGUGGAGGAUUGCGACGGAAAUCGACUGGUGAUGUCUCAUGGAUUAGGGCCAACGUGAGUCCUACCGCCAGAAAAGCUCCAUGGGUUCAGGCUUUGGAGCGAGUCGAUAGAAGCUCUCCUGCUUCUCCUUCGUUCCAGAUGAAGAGAACUUCCUUGGUCUCCUCUCCAACACUUCAAGCCAAGAAACGAGAGCACGACAGAAGCCACAGACGACGGAAUUCCCAGCCUUCUACGGGGAGACUCUUUUUCAACGCUGUUGCAGGACCGCUUCCACCAUCACCACCCUUUGUUGCGACCUCGACUAAUACAGUGAAUGAAUCAAUUAGUACGGACAAGAACGAAGACAAGGUUGCUCGAGACACCAGAGAAAGCCCCGAAUCUAGAUCGAGCGAAUCCAGCGAGCGCGAUGAACCCCAGUUGAAGCCAUUCAACGACAAAGUAUCUCUCUUUGAGCCAAGGAAGCAACUUUCCGAUACAUUCAACCCGAACGAUGGCGUGAAAGCCGCGAAAAUGUAUUGGGAAUCUCCAAAACGACUGGGUGGCAAGAAGCAACUGUCGGCGUUCACAAAGGUUGCGGCAGAGAAGCCGACAAAGGUUGUUGCAGAGAAAAAGACGAAUAUCUCUUCUUUGAUAAACGCGAUGGAAAAGUUCUCAAUGGGUGAAGAGUUUGAGGUCGUUGGGGAUAUCGAUGAUGAAAUCGAAGCAGAAGAAGCAGCAGAAGUACUUCCAGCGGAUGAAGAAGUCGUUGUUGGUAUGCACCCCGACGAUGACACAUGGGUCUCACGAAGUUCGGGAGAGAACUCAGAUCCAGAAUUCAUCGAGUAUGGCGACGCCAACUUCAUGAUAACUACUACCGAUAGAAGUGAGGAAGGCCAAGAGCAUUGUGAGCCUACCGAUAUCCGAAUGAACGCGUGCGAAGAAACCUCCGAAGGCAGCACGUACAAGAUUGAUAACUACCACAAGGACUUCAACGAGUCCAUACCGAUACAGAGUCCAUGGAUUCAUCCCAAUGACACGUAUGCUGCCGGCUACGGUAUUGACCGAUCUGCCAUGACCAUUGUUUCUGUUGUACAGAGUCCUUCGAAACAAGGCUGUGAUAGUGCAGUCGACGAGGAGCAGGCGGCUUUGAAGCGUCAGGACCAGAGUUCCAGCUCCAGCGCAAAGUCAAAAAGAGGCAAGAGUAGAGAUAAGAGUCUUACGACUCGUCGGACCCACCAUCAGGUGGCAUGUGGCUCUCUCUUGUCGGCAACAAAGAAACCCCCGGCUCGCAGCAAGAGUGCACACUGCCCUGGGCAAACGACCGCGGACCCUAUCUUCCAAGUCAAUGACGAUGAUGAGCAGAAGAUCAUGCAGAACAUCAUUAAGAUUCUUUCAAAGAAGGGCGAGGACGAGUUCUGUAUUACCAAUGGAUACGAGAUGGAAAACAAGCCCAGUAAGAGCAUGUUCAAGAAGCUCAAGAAGGGGCUGGGAAAGUCAAGGGCGAAGGACGACAUUGAUCUGGCGAGUGGAUACUUCCCCACGGACGAGGAAACGCUAGAGCUGAUCUGUACUGACAACAGAACAACGAUGAGUUCGAUUACUCGCUCUGUGAACAGCAACCCAGGCGAUUCCUCGCAAAAGAGCGGCGACUCGAAACCAAUGCCAUUGAGCGUGUUGAAUGGAUUCUUCAAGGCUGCUCGAAAGUUGCAGAAGAGUGCCAAACGCAAGAAAUCUCGACGACGAGGACGAAGCAUGAACAGCAGCAAGCCACCGCUGGAGAGGCAUUCGACAACGAAAGCCUACAACAAACAAACCCAGUCAAUGGAAGCAACAGCAGAAGAAGAAGAAUUCGACGCAUCCGCAGAUUCACUUGAAGAAGUUCAGCUGUGGCCCAGUGUUCCACAGCAGCAACCACAGCAACAGCCAAUUGGGCCCUCGGUAAUGAUUCCUGGGGUCUCUGCGCUGACGGAAGAUAGAAAAUUUGGAGCAUACGGUGGUCUUGCGAGUAGUCGCUCCAAGGCCUUGAACGAAUCCAUUACUCCAGCCAUACAAAGUCUAGCAUCGUGGUAG